AUGGGCAAAGUGAGGAACGGCGCCAGCACCCAGCCGCGGGGGCGAAAGCGUCCCGGGGAUCCCGCCACCGCCUGUGCAGCCAUCCCGGUCAUGGGCGCCCGGCGCCCCCCUUUCCAAGUCCGCGUGGGGAGCCACGCGGCGGGAAGGAAGUCGGCGGCGACCAGGCGGGAUCCCGCAAGGUGGCGGCGGAAGCGCUGGUGGCGGCGGACCCGGGAGACAGGCUCCAAAGGCCCGCUGCAAUCCCCGAAGCCCCCGGCGCCCGCCGUGUCCUCUGGCGAGAUGGACCUGGGCGCGCAGCGGGAGCGCUGGGAGACGUUCAGGAAGCGGCGGGGCCUCAGCUGCGAGGGCGCCGCCAAGUUCCUGCUGGACACCUUCGAGUACCCAGGCCUGGUGUAUCACACCGGAGGCUGCCACUGCGGCGCGGUCCGCUUUGCCGUCUGGGCCCCCGCAGACCUGCGCGUGGUGGAUUGCAGCUGCAGGCUGUGCAGGAAGAAGCAGCACCGACACUUCCUGGUCCCGGCCUCGCGCUUCACUCUCCUGCUGGGCGCCGAGAGCAUCGUCACCUAUCGAUCCCACGCGCACCCGGCGCUGCACAGCUUCUGCAGCAGGUGCGGGGUGCAGAGUUUCCACGCCUCUGUCUCUGACCCCGGCGUGUAUGGCGUCGCCCCGCACUGCCUGGACGCCGGCACCGUGCGCAGUGUGGUCAUCGAGGAGGUCGACGGUGGCGACUGGGGGGAGGAGACCGUGAAGGAGCCCAAGGCCAUCCAGAGCGCGUCCCCCGAGUGAGCCCCUGCCUCUCCUCCCGAAGAGGAGCAGUGACUGGGGCCGCAACACGCCCGAAACAUUCCCCUCCCCCCGCUUCCCCCGAGGGAGCCACCUCAGUGCUUGUGAAGGGAUUGCUGUAUGAAAGAGGUCGGUUUCUGGACUGAUGAACCCGUGAUGUCUCUCCAGGCUUCCACCCCUUCCCUUUCAGUGUUUUGCAACGAACUUGGACUUGCUUAUGAUCAAAAAACUGAGCACACAUUUGUCUGUCAACA